AUGUGGUUUAUUCCACUAGUAUCAAUGAUUAUAUCUGUCAACUAUGCUCGCCCUCCUUCUAUUCAAGAAGUUUUUUUUAAUGAUAUAUUCAACAAUACAUCUUCUAAUACAACUGAGCUUCCGAACCGAGUUCCGGAUUAUCUAGAAACAAAGAUUAAUGAGGUUGCUGGGAUAAGUUGUGACAUGUGCAUGAACGCUGUUUAUGGAUUAAACUACAAUGUGAUUAAACUGAAGAAAUCAGCGGAAGAUAUGAUAAGAUUGGAUUGUGAAGCUCUUUUCCAUGGACAAUCAGAUGAUAUUGCUCAAUGUAUCAGGAUAAUGGUUGAAAAAAUAGAGCAUUACUAUGAUAAAGUUGAACCCAUGAUUGAGACUCGAAAAGUUUGCGUUCUACUAAAGAUGUGUGCUGAAGAAGAAAAUAACAAGAAUAUAAAAAACCAACAGAAUUAA